UAGUGUAAGUUGACGGGUAUCAAAACAUGAUGAUGAAGUGACAAUUUCAUGAUUAUUGUAUUGCGUUCGCUAACGUAACUGUAAUAGAAAACUGCAAAUUAGUACUGUAGUAACGCAAAUAGAAACAGAAGCAUUAAUUUAAAUAAGAUUACGAUAUUUUUACUUCACUUUUGAAUAAGGAUAAGUUCGUUACAAUCAGUGGGAAAUGUCAAACAGCUUAUAUAAAUAUUUGUUAACAGCAAAUAUAAACAUAACGUAUAUAGAAAUCUUUUGAAUAUUGAUUACUGAUUAUCAUAUCUAAUUAUAUUAUCAGUACAGAUCAAACAAAUUGUUAUUGUCACAAUGUCACAAGCUGACACUGCUACUGCUCCAAUCCCUAAUAAUCAAAAUGGUGUAGUGGCAAAUAAUAAUCAUACUUUUACUGGUGUUAUCGGACCAGUUUUAAAUAAUAAUAAUAUGAAUACUGCGAGAAAUAAUAAUAAUCAGAAUCCAUUACUUAACGUACGAGAUAGAUUAUUUCAUGCGGUUUUCAUCAAGGCUGCAUUAGCUUAUGCACGAACAUUUCCACGACCAGUUAGAAGAUUUAUAGAAUUCAUAGUUUUGUUAAAAGCAAUAUUGGCUUUUUUUGUACUCACCUAUAUUCACAUAGUUUUUUCGCGAGCACCAACAAAUUGUUUAGAACACAUAAGAGAUGAUUGGCCACGAGACGGUAUAUUAAGGGUAGAAAUUCUUAGAAAUGGAGGGGAAGAUUAUAGCAUAGAAAAAAGUUAUGCGAAAGAAGAAAAGUUGCGACAAGAUGAGAUUGAUGAUUUGGUUAGUGAUUUAGGGAUAUUGACGCCAGAUGGGUUUAUAAAUAUCGAGCCAUCUUCCGUCGAUGAGAGCCAAGGAACCAUUUAUAUGUCCACUGAAGAUAAUUACGAAAAUGUUACUUUACCUGUAAAAAGUGUGGACGUAACGAGUUCAACAACUUUUGGAGAAACGCAAUAUCCGAAUUUAAGUACAACGAAUGCGACAAAAAGCCCGUCAUUAAAUCAAUAUUUAAAUGGAUUAAAUGCAGUAGAGUCAAAGGAUAACGCAGUGCUGGGAAAAGAAUCCAAUCGAGAUAAAGUGAUCCAGCCUUUAAAAGAUCAAUCUGCGGAUGUCGAGAAAGUAUUAAAAACAGUACUUCCAGAGGAUGGAUACAUUGUGGAAUAUUCUUUGGAGUAUGGCUUCUUGAGAUUAUCACCUGCUGCACGACAUAAAUUAAAAAUACCAGUGAAAAUUGUUACAUUGGAUCCAGUAAAUGAUAAAUGUUUUGGAGAUGCAUUUUCAAGAUUAAUACUGGAUGAAUUCUUAGGUUAUGAUGAUCUGCUAAUGGCAAGUAUUAAGACAUUAGCAGAGCACGAAGAUAAUAAAGGUUUCUUAAGAAACGUUGUAACCGGUGAACACUAUCGUUUUGUUAGCAUGUGGAUGGCAAAAACUUCAUAUCUCGCUGCAUUUUUUAUCAUGCUAGUAUUCACUGUGUCGAUAUCUAUGUUGCUUCGUUAUUCUCAUCAUCAGAUCUUCGUUUUUAUUGUGGAUCUCCUACAAAUGUUGGAAUUCAACAUGCCAGUGUCGUUUCCAGCCGCGUCUCUCUUAACCGUGAUUCUGGCAUUGGUCGGUAUGGAAGCCAUAAUGUCGGAGUUCUUUAACGACACCACCACUGCAUUUUACAUCAUAUUGAUAGUUUGGAUCGCCGAUCAGUACGAUGCUAUAUGUUGUCACACAGCUAUUACGAAAAGACAUUGGUUAAGAUUCUUCUAUCUAUAUCAUUUCUCCUUCUACGCGUAUCACUAUCGAUUUAACGGACAGUACAGUAGCCUGGCAUUGGUGACAUCUUGGCUGUUCAUACAGCAUUCGAUGUUGUACUUCUUCCAUCAUUACGAAUUACCGGUGAUACUCCAGCAAGCACAAUUGCAACAACUUCUUUUACGCAAUCCGACUCAACCGGCUCAGCCGCCGACGCCUAGUACGGCGCCAACGACGCCUGGACAGUCGCCCACUACGACGCCAUCAUCCAGUCCGAAUCCGUCGACACCAACGACCGAACAGACGCAACAAAAUUACAUCGCCGAGUUAUCGCAGUUAGAUCCUGAUCCUAACGGUCAGGAGGAAGUCGUUGAAAGAAUUUCUUCCUCAUCCGUACUAGAAUCUACGAGCGAUCGGCAAACGAUACGUUUGGGAGAGGAAACGAACGGGACGAAUGAGGAAACUCUAGCAGAAAUUUCAUCCUCAGAAAUUGCAGCCAUGGAAACUAUGGAUCGUGGUUGUUCGUCGGCGGACACUUCGACGUCCGAAGGUUUCGAGGUGAUCGAGGCUAACGAAGCUGGUCGAAAGGAAAUGCCGAUUAUAUCGACAACAGCAAUAACGAUGACGACGAUGACGGCGAUGACGAUAUCGACGCCGACAUCGACGUCAUCACCGACGCCACCGCCGAUGCCGCCGACGCCGCCGACGACGAUGACGACGAUGACGACGACGACGACGACGACGACGGAGUUGACGUUGUCUUCGACGGAAGGAGAAGAUCAUUAGAUUCAAUUCGAUUUUUGAUUUUUGAUUUUUGAUUUUGAUUUUUGAUUUGCUUUGCGAGUGCCAGUGUUGCAUGUUCGACGUCGAUUUUAAGAUUGAGAUUGAAAGGAUAUUGAAAGGAUAUACACACACUAGAUAGGAUUUAGUAAGGAAGAUCAACGGAGAGAGAGAGAGAGAGAGAGAGAGAGAGAGAGAGAGAGAGAGAGAGAGAGAGAGAGAGAGAGAGAGAGAGAGAGAGAGAGAGAGAGAGAGAGAGAGAAAGAAUGCAAGUAUGCUCGUACAAUUUAUUAUGAGAACAUUAGAUCAUUUUCGUUUUAAAUUUAGACGUGUAUGUGUGAGAAUAAGGAUGUGAGAUAAAGGAUAAGUAAAAUAGGGAAAAAACGGGGAAAGGAAAGGAGAGAGUACUUUUUUCUUUUUCUUUUUCUUUUUCUUUUCCUUUUUCUUUUCUGUCUUCUUUAUUUAUGUAACUAUAUAUAUAUAUAUAUAUUUUUUUUUUUUUUGAAAAAUUUUAUUCCGCCGAAACAAUAAAAGGAAAUAUAAGUACGGAUUGAAGAUUAAAGAAAAAGGAGAUGGAGUAAGAAAGAAAAAAAAGAACAUGCGUCCCUUGUAUCUUUUAUCAGAACGCAUUAUUCUUUGAAAAUUGUAUAUUUUUGUUUUCUCUUCUUUUUUUCUUUUUCUGUUCUCUUCUUCUAUAUUCUCUUUCUCUUUUUCUUUUUCAUUUUUAUAAUAAUUCCGAGCAGGAUAAUCUGUACUUGUGUUUUCUUCUUUCUUUCUUUCUUUCUUUCUUUCUCUUUUCUUUUUUCUUUCUUUCUUUUUUGUGUUUUCUCGUAGUAUUUUAUGAUUUUUAAAUUCUCUUUAUAUUUUUCUUUUAUUUUGUUUUGUUUAUUUCUCUGUUUUUAUUUUUUUCUUUUAAAUACCCUUUUUUCUGGAGUAAAAAGAGUCACGUUAAGAGGAUUAUGGCGGGAAAGCGAAAAUCGACGAAAUUGAAUGGGUAUGUUGAGUUCGACGAUAUUUUUCUCGUUUUUUUUUUUUUUUUUUUCUUCUUUUAACGUCGAAAACAAACGAAAAGUCUCUUUAGGAGUCUUCGAUCAAACGAUCUAAUAUUUGUAUAUUAUUGUAAAUCAUUAUUGUUAGUGCCUGAUGCGAUCAAUGUAUGUAUAUCGUUUUUGAGUUUCGAUCAUUCGACGUUCUUUGAUGAUUCGUGUUUUCGAAUUUUCUUUUUUUAUAUAUAUAUUUUUUUUUUAAUCUUUGAAUCUGAAUAUGAAUAAAAAAAAAUUAAAGUAAAGCAGAAGAAAAGUUGAGAGCAAAAAUGAUCCAACUAAUUUAAAAUAAAAUUUAGAGAUUUUUGUCAUUGUUAUCUGACAAUAGGUGACGUCAGUUCGAUGAAAUGUUUCUAUGGGAAUUUAAGGACACAUGUGGCGAUUAGAAAGAAAGAGAGGGAGGGAGAGAGAGGGAGAGAUAGGAGCAAGAAUUGGAUAAAUGUUUGUUAAAUUUUUUUCAUCGAAUGAUAAACAUUAGAAUCAUAGAAGAUCGAUAAACACACACCUAUAUAUAUAUAUAUAUAUAUAUAUAUAU